AUGUUCAUCUGCAUCAAGCAUGGGGACAACCGGCAGUUCUUGGCCAACAUCAAUUGCUCCAUUUUACUUCUAACACAUUACCUGCGUGAUAAGGUGGGAUUGCACAGGACAGACCCCAUUGACUUGUGUGAAGAGAAUGGGACUCUGAAGCUGAUUUUCCUGGUCAAGUUCCCAGAAGACAACGCCAGCAAGUUCCUCACCGCACGGGGAACCUACUAUGUAUGUAAAGUGGAACGUGGCACCACAGGGACCAAAAAUGAACACAGCUAUCGGGCCUUUCAUCCCAUCAUCAAGUUCCCUCCGCAGGAUUUGCUGGACUCCCUUCGCAACCAGUGUGAGUUCCUUGAAAAAAGCCGCCUUAGGGUACUCAAGAGCCAGGACGGGAAGAAGCCCCCAACCAUGGAAUCUCUCCUGUCCUCCAUGGCCAACCAGGUGGUGGGCAAAAGUUCUGGGAAGUCCGGAGCUGGGUUGGCCAGUGGCCUAGAUGAGGAGGGCUUGCCACGCAAAGCGACCACCGCCACCAAGGCGAGACUGGAGGCCAUUCGGAAGGAAAAGCACCGCUGA